UGAACCAGCUGAUGAAGGCAAAAUCUGCAAGUCUACUUUCUUAAUUUGUUUACGUCCACCUAAUAAAAUUACAUGGCAAAAAGUAACUUUAAUGAGUUUUGUUGACUAAUUAAUUGAAUUAAUUGUUAUUGAAUUUUUACUUUAAUUCAAGUUUUAUUACACCUGAUUACCGUUGGUCAUUAUGAUUGAUAGUUUGUUUAUAAUUGACAAUCUAGGAGAUAUUUUUCUUCAAAAGCACUGGAAAAAAUUAAUCAACAAAUCCGUUUGUGAUUAUUUCUUCGAUUCAUUGAAAACUCACAACAAAACUAAUGUUAAGCCGGUCAUUGCAACACCACAUUACUUCAUCAUCUCCGUUUAUCGAAAUCAACUAUAUUUUGUAGCUAUUACCAGUAAAGAGGUUCCACCUUUAUUCGUUGUGGAAUUCCUCCAUAGAGUUAUUGAUAUAUUUACAGACUAUUUUGGUGAUUGCAAAGAAUCUCUUAUCAAGGAGAACUAUGUUGUUGUCUAUGAACUUCUUGAUGAAAUGUUGGAUAAUGGGUAUCCUCUUGCAACGGAGUCCAAUAUACUUAAAGAGCUUAUAAAACCACCUAACUUAUUAAGAACAAUUGCAAAUACUGUUACUGGAAAAUCAAACGUUAGUGCAACAUUACCAUCCGGACAGCUUUCCAAUGUUCCUUGGCGCCGUGCUGGAGUCAAAUAUACUAACAAUGAAGCUUAUUUUGAUUGCACCGAAGAAAUUGAUGCUAUCAUCGAUAAAAGUGGAUCUGUCGUAUCUGCUGAAAUACAAGGAUAUAUUGAUUGUGGAAUCAAACUUUCUGGGUUACCCGAUCUUAGUUUAUCUUUUAUCAACCCACGAUUAUUUGAUGAUGUUAGUUUCCAUCCAUGUGUUAGAUAUAGACGAUGGGAAUCAGAAAGAGUUCUUUCGUUCAUUCCGCCUGAUGGAAAUUUUCGAUUAAUGUCUUACACUAUUGGUGCACAAAAUAUAGUUUCAAUCCCUAUAUUUGUAAGACAUCUGAUUUCAUUCCGAGAAGUUGGAGGAGGCAAAAUGGAAAUACGAGUUGGACCAAAGCAAACUAAUGGAAGAACGCUUGAUGGAGUUGUAUUGGAGAUUCCGAUGCCAAAGACGGUCUUGAAUGUAAACCUUUCACCGAACCAAGGAAAAUACUCAUUUGAUCCAGUAUCUAAGCUAUUGGUUUGGGAAAUAGGAAGAAUAGAAACUGGUAAAAGUCCUUUCGUUCGUGGAACCAUUAACUUGCAAAGUGGUUCACCUCUACCUGACUCAAAUCCAACAAUUCUUGUUAAAUUUACUAUUAGCCAAUUCGCAAUCUCUGGUUUAAAGGUCAACCGACUGGACAUGUAUGGAGAGAAAUAUAAACCUUUCAAAGGAGUGAAAUAUAUUUCGAAAGCUGGCAAUUUUCAAGUCCGGACUUAGUUUAAUAAAAAACUAACUUUUUAAUCGCUUAA